AUGGUGGCCAAUCUUCUGCAGAACGUUCGAACAGCAUUGGAAGGAUAUAACAUCCCUGGCACGUUUGCUUGGUCAGACAGUAUGGUUGUUCUAUGUUGGAUAAUGAGCACUAACAGAGAAUGGAAGCAGUUCGUCACGAACAGAAUUGUUAAGAUUCGUAAAAAAGAAAACCUACAGUGGAAAUAUUGUCCUACAGCAGAGAACCCAGCAGAUAUUGGGAGUAGAGGUUGUAAAGCAGAUAAUCUUGGAGACUUGUGGUGGAAAAGACAAGACUGGUUAGCAAACGAAGUUGAUUGGCCCGAAGGGAGCUGUGAGCCCAAACAAACAAAAGAGGUGACCGAUGAAGAAAAGGUUGUUAAAAUGUUGAGUUUCGUUGCGAUAGGCAGUGAAGUAAACAUGAUACAAGACUUGUUGAAUAAGUUUAAGCUGUGGAAAGUAAUUCGAGUAGUUGCAUGGAUACGAAGGUUCAGUAAUAACUGUCGUUCGAAGUUAAGGAGAAGUAACUCUCUAGUAACACAUGAAACUCAAGAAGCUGAAAAAUGUUUUUUCAAGAUCUCACAGAAUGGGAAAAUGUUUGAAAACGACUAUGAGGAUAUUUCAAAACGACUUGGACUUUGGGUGUUAGGCUGUAAACAGAGAGGCGAGGCGUGUAAAAAUACGUUUUAA